AUGCCUGAUCAUGAAAUCAUUGGCGGCAUCAAAGCCGAGGACAAGUUCACGGCCCAUGAAGUCGUCUCUGGUGACGUUAUUUCAGAUCUGAGGCUUUCCAAAGACGCAGCGAAGGUCGUCUACUGUGUGGCACCGCACUAUAAAUCUGGCGAUCACAAGACUUCAGCACUUUGGUUGGCUGAAACAUCACUGGAGAACAGUUCUAGGAAGAUUACGUCCGGUAGUUCACGGGAUUCUUCUCCUCGGUUCCACCCAACCUCGUCGUACAUCUACUUUCUAUCCGACCGCCUGAAAGUCGGUGGUCCCACGCAGAUCUAUCGUAUUCCCUGUGAUGCUACACCAGAGACCGACCCGAUCCUUGUGUUGCCGCUGAACCAAUCAAGGACAGUAAAUGCCUUCGCGAUUUCCCAAGACGGAAAAUACAUUGCAUUCAUUGGCAAGCCGCACUCUGACAAAUCAGACCUAAAGGAUCCGAUUGCAGUAUGGAGAGAAGAGAAAGACUUCGCAUCUCUCUUCCUCGUCGACCUUCAAGAUGAAACCAAGGCCGUCCGUUCAUUGGUUUCGGCCGACGCUCACGUUGAUUCGUUCACCUGGGGUCCCAACUCCGCCUCGAUCAUAUAUCGGCUACGCGAUCAUUCGGAUGCAGAAAGUGGGAGUGAGUCAGUGGUCGAAGAGAUCGUCUCCAUCGGCACCGGAGCCGUGAGCGGGAUCUACAAGCAUCGCAUCUCCCCUUCGAGUCCGACCAUAUGGCGACAGGAUGGGGAGCUAGUGUUCAUGCAGAACACGUCCCCGACGCGCCUGCUCUCAUCGCAGUCGGUGUGGACCCGGUCUUCGACGGCGCUACAGCCUCCCCGCCACGUCGCAUACGGCGACACUGAGUGUGCUUACGAUGUCGUUGAUAUCGGCGCCGACUCGCAGUACGCGGUGAUUGUGGGCUCGGGCUUGGAGACGCGUGUCGACGUACGAGACGCGAGUCAUGCGUCCUUCACAGCGUUUGCGAUGACGGACGAGAACAUUUCAGACUGGGACGUCAAGGCCGUUGACCAGCGCUAUGUGUUCGUCGCUCUUCGCAGUUCGGGCGUAACUGGGGAGCUGCCAGAUGUCUGGUCCGGCGUGACGACCAAGAAGGACUCGGGUGUCCUCGUCAAGAAGCUGUCUUCCCACCAAACUGGAUUUGCUUCGAAUAAGUUCCCCAUUUCGAAGGCUUUCUCUUGGACAAGCACGGAUGGGGAGCGUAUCGAAGGCGUCAUCUCUCAUCCAAGAGGUGUCACGGAAUUGAAAAGCCUACCCACGGUCAUUGUCCCGCACGGCGGUCCGACAGCUCGUGACUUGCUGAAUUUCACACUCGAGGACUUCGCGUGGCGCCAAUUCCUGGCGUCGAAUGGAUUCCUAGUGUUUUCGCCGAACUACCGAGGAAGUACCGGCCGGGGAGAUAAUUUCAUCAAACCGGCCAAUGGAGGAAUGGGUACACUGGAAUGGGAAGAUAUCGAGAGCAUGAUUGAGGAAGGUACCGCGCAAGGCCUAAUUGACCCAGAUAGGAUGGCGCUCGCGGGCUACAGCCAGGGAGGAUUUCUCACCGCCUGGGGUUGCACUCGGCCGAACAAUCGCUUCAAGGCGGGUGUAGUAGGAGCGGGAGUCACACACUGGGGCUUUCUAGCUGCGUCCUCGGAUGUGCCAGAAUUGGAAGCAGCCCUUGGGGGCGCCGCGCCGUGGACCGCUACCGAAGCCGCGAACCUGCAGGGCAGCGCUGUAAGAGACAGCCAGAACGUCACGGCACCCCUCCUGUUCCUACACGGCAAGGAGGAUAAGCGAGUGCCGCUCACCCAGGCUAUCGCUCUCUACCGGGGGAUUGAGCGGGAGGCAAAGACUGCGCCGAAGCCGACGCUUGUGGUCUAUCCUAGGGAGGACCAUAUAUUCGAAGAGCGCGAACACGCACAGGACGUCCUUGAGCGAUUGCUUCGCCACCUUGAGACGUAUCUGAAAUAG